UGUUGUCGAACUCUGCCGGUGUGCCAGAGGGCAGUGCGAGCGCAGCGCGGCACUCAGCGCUCGAGACUAGCAGCACCAUUCAUCUGACCGCGGGCACACCUGGUCGGACCGAAGGGGGAACAGUUUAGCUAACGACAGCGCUCCACACAGCACCCGGGUUAAUUACUUAAGGAAUGUGGUGUCAUUAGGACGGGAGCCAAGAGCUGAAAGUUCAUAUCAACAUCAAACUUUUAAGGCAAUUUCCACCAACUUGGCGUGCGAGGAGGGACUUAUCAAAAAAAAAAAAAAGGGAUCAUGGCCACAGGCGGAUUUAAGUCAAACGCUACGACAGACUUUUUGGAGGAAUGGAAGGCAAAACGGGAGAAAAUGAGAGCCAAAAUGCUGGGGGAUAUUGCCGCGGCGACUGGUGCUCCCUUGGGUUCCAGUAACGCAAACAGCACCAGUAGCAACAGCCGCCACGCCGCUCCGCCGGGCACCGAGCUCACCAACAACGGAAACCCGGACCGAAGCGCCUCCUCUGGGAACUGCCUCCCCUCCUCCUACUCGGUGGCUCGAUCCUCCUCCGGCACGGCUCUAAAGAGACCCGAGGAGGAAACGCACCACCCUGCUGCUGCUGUUGCCGCCGCCGCUGCUCACAGUCCUGCACCCACAGCCACCCCCGUGAGCAACCUGAAGAAGGCCCCGCCUCAGACGGAGAAGGCUCAGUGCGCUUCCCCGGACUCCAGCCCCAUGGCUUGCAAUGACAGUGACAAGGAGAGUCCAUCACCCAGCAAGAGCAAGGAGAAGAAGAGCUCCGGCCCCAGCGCCAGGAAGGGGAAAGGACAGAUAGAGAAGAGGAAGUUGAGAGAAAAGAGGAGAUCAACAGGUGUUGUCAGCAUACCAUCCAAUGAGAGCCUGGACGAGCUGGACGAUGAUGACGCGGGGGAGAAGGACAGGAGAGAGGAGGAGGAGCUGGUUCAGGCCAACACUUUCCAGAACGAGGCCAUGACAGCCGACCCUGCCACCGGCCACUUAAUGGAAACCCCGAGAUCCGGGAGCAGCCGGCAAAAGAGCUCUGCAGGACCAGGAUCUGAGGAGGAGGUGGGUGGGAACAGCAGACAACGACACAACCGUCAUGGCAGAGAUGGAGGAGCUGCGGCGCAGGGAAGUCUGGAGAAAAGGAUGGAGGAGCUGGAGAGGGAGCUGGCCAGAGAGCGUCAGGAGAACGCCAGGUUGCUGAAGGCCCACCAGGAUAAAGACGACCUCAUUGGGAAGCUGAAGGAGGAAAUUGACUUGCUGAACAGAGACCUGGACGACAUUGAAGACGAGAACGAGCAGCUCAAACAGGAGAACAAGACUCUGCUGAAGGUGGUGGGUCAGCUGACGAGGUAGAACCGCUCCGCACGGCCCGGACCCGACGCAAAAACGAACCCAGCCUCCCCCCUGAUGAAUGGAGCCUCUCUGUUCUCUCCCCUCUCCCAACCCUCCUGCCUUGGGGUCAAGUCCACCAGCACGGCCUUUUAUCUGUUUGAUCCUGUCUCUCUGCCUGUCAGAGGCGAGACGGUAACGUUAAGUCGUCCUCAGAGCCUCGCAGCCUUAAAAUACAUCCCAGAGGUGGAUUUAUUCCAUUUGUUGUGAAAGCUGAGUGAACUAGCAGGGGCUAAAGUUCUCCUCUCCUUACAGUCCCGAGGGGGUUGUCUGUCAUCAUAUUCGUAUUUAAUGUAAAUGUAUUGUACAUAGGCCAUUUAGAUCUGUUCAUUAUUUUUGAUUUUUGAUAAGGUCUUAAAAAGCAAAAGUAAAAUGAAUGUAUGUGCUGCAAAUACAAGCGCACACAGACUUUUCAAACUUGUUUAGAGGCGAAAAACAUCUGUGCACACAGCAGCAGUCACCCAGGCAAAUUUAAUAAGAUCUACAGUGUUGCAGUGUUUGAAUUGUGUCUGAGGCCAGUGCAGAGCUACUGUCUAGUAACACUUGGACCAAAUUCAACAUAAUUACUGCUACAGUAUCAUCAGCCAAAGUGGGCUUAGUGCCUUGCAAUGCAUGUGAGAUUUAUUUAGUUAAUUCUCUUUAAAAAAUAGUUAAAGCCUGGUGCUUUUUUUUUCUAAAAAAAAAAAAAAAAAGAACAUUAGUGCCAGAUUUACCUUCUUUCAAUAAUUUCUUGGUACAUUUAAAUCCCACUCAGACAUCUACAAACCUGAAUGAAGAAAAUCAUAUUUGAAAUAUUUCCAAUUUAAAUGAUAAAGUUGGCACGAGCAAGACUUUAUAUCAAUUAUAUGCUUUACGCAUUUCAAUGUUAGCAUCUAAAUAUUAUACUGUACCUGUCAGUGAUGAAAUGUUUUAGGGUGAAACCCUUGUCUAGUAUAUAUGUGGAUUCUUUUUUUUUUUUUAAAGGAUUUUGCUCUUGUUUACAAGUUAUGUUCUUUGCGAUAUUUGAUAGUUUAGCUGCUCUGUUUAUGGCAUCUAAGAUGUGUGGAGUGAGCUACAGUGCAUUUUUUGUAUGAUAACCAAAUGAACUGAAGGAACAUACUAUUUGAAAUCCAUCUCUUUUGUUUACUUAAGGGAACAGGUUUGGCUGGUAGAGGCAUCUUACUUUCUAUAUUUAGAUUGUUUUUAAUUCCUCUAAGGAGGUGUUCAGUGAGCUUCCUCUGUGGCAAAUAAUCUAUAGGUUUUAGUCAGUCAAUAGACAACUCUGCUUCCACAUACACUCACAUAUUUUGGGGCAAAGAUCGUCCCCUGGCAGACAGAACAUCACAGACCCAUCUCUUUUUUUCCAUUACAUUAUGCAUGUACAGAAGAUUAAGUCAUUUAAUAAAAGUUUGAUUAUCUCUCUCCUCA